AUGGUCUCAAACAAAAUUUACACAGUUCCACAACGAGGCUCGCCUAUCGGAGUAUCUGCCCUCAUUGUAGGAGCUGGUAUUGCGGGCCUAUAUGCCGCGCUUGAAUUAUGGCGUCAGGGCAUCGAUGUCCAAAUUAUCGAACGAGCCCCAGCUCGACUUACCACAGGUUUUGAGCCAACUCUUUGGCUAGGGGAUGGCUUUACUAUCGCUCAUCAAGUCAUUCGUUCGUUUCGCAACUGGCCUUACUUGGCCGAGAAAAAUAAAGAAAUUGCCUUUCAUCCAUGGGUUGCAUGGUUCAACCUCAAAGGUGAACAACUUACUGAGCCUAGGAGCAUUGAAGACAACGCGGCGAGCCAAAGCCAGAGAGAUGACAAAGAAGGAGACUCAUCCCAAGGAUUAUACCGCCAUAGUCGACCUAAGUUUCAUCUCAUGCUUGAGAAACAACUAGAAGAGACUGGCUUAAAAGUACAGUACGGAAAGCGAGUCACCAGGUAUUUUGACGGUGAACCGGAAGGCAACAAACGCCCAGGCGUUGAAUUGGACAGCGGAGAAGUAUCAGAAGCCGAUUUAGUCAUUGCUGCGGACGGAAUUGGCAGUCAUUCCACAAAAGCCACCCUGGGAUACGAAGCGAGAGCACGUUCCACGGGCUUCGCCAUAUACAGAGCCACAAUUCCGGUGGAAUUUGUUCGCUCCGAUUCAGAGCUCAUGGAGAAGUUCGAUCUCCUCCCCAAUGGUCAUGGGUUAGUGCAGCUAUGGUUUGGAAAAACCACACAGGCAACAUGGGAAGCGAACGAGUCAUGGACAAAGCAUGUUUCACCGCAGCAGGUAAUUGACGACACUACGUCGAAAAUUGAGGGCUGGCCAGACUAUGUGAAUCGCCUGAUAUCCUUGACCCCCGAUGACAGGCUCAUUGACUUUGAGCUUGUCUGGCGCGAUCCGCAGCCCGUAUGGACGUCCCCGAGCGGACGAAUUGUCCAGAUUGGAGAUGCGGCCCAUACAUUUUUCCCUGCAUCUGGCAAUGGAGCAAACCAGGGCUUGGAAGAUGCCAUAUCGCUUGCCAAGUGUUUGAGAAUUGCAGGAAAGGAGCAUGUCGCAGAAGCGACCAAGGUGCACAACAAGCUUAGAUUUGAACGUGUAUCAUGCCUCCAAAAGAUCGGCAUUUGCAGCCAAGCAAGUCAAUACGGACAGGAAGGGAACAAAAGUGCCUCAUCUGUUCCAAAAUACGUACGAGCAUUGAUGGCAUCAUGGAUUUGGAAGCAAGAUCCAGAGGCCUAUGCUGCAGAAAAGUAUCACGAGGCCCUAUCUGCAUUAAGGGAUGGUGUCCCCUUUCGAAACACCAAUAUCCCAGAAAGCCAUACGUACCAGCCGUGGACUUUCGAAGAUAUUUUGAACGAGUUCAAAGCCAAGGGCGAUUACGAACUUGGUGAUGAUGGUUGGUGGAAUUGA